AUGCUGCUUGCUCGAGUCAGGUCGAAAAGAAAAGAAAGAAAGAAAGAUAGUGAUUGUACUAAAAUUAAUCAGAUAGGUCCUGUUGGCAAUUAUGCUGGAGAGUCAGAAUCUUUUGACAUUGCAUCAAAACUAACUAUGGAAAGUCAAAACGAAUUGAAGAAAGCGAAAAUGAAUCUCUCUUUGGUGGUGACUUUUCAGAUAGGGACCUGUCGUAUUUACCUUCUGAUCUAG